CGACCGUGGGGAAGCGAAGGCGUGAGGGACCGCAUAGGGUGGCGUACGCGUGCGCAGCCGAGCGCGCCUGCGCAGUGGGGGCGGAGGAGGGGGCGGUGACGGUAGCGCUCGCCCCGAGUCGCCUGAGCCGUAGGAUGGACUAGAUAGAAAGUUAUGAGAGUACGACAGGAUGGGCAAGUUUGUUAACAGCAUCACCAUAGAAGAUCACUUCUCAUUUGGAGUUUUUCACAUUCACUGUAUUAAACCACUCACCUAUGCACGCUAAAGCCUGACCUCAAAAUUUGGAAACUGCUGUAAUGGAGCAAGGUCAAAAGACAAGUCUAGAUCAUGUGAUCUGUUUAAAUAAGGAUUACUAUGUUUCCUGUACUAACUACUAGCAUAAAAAAGGAAUCUCAGAACUCGGAUUCACCAGUCUGUAACUGUAAACACACCUGCCAAUGUUCUGUGUACCGUUUUGACUGAGCAGUCACACAUCGUUCUUACAGGUUUCAUUCCAGAGAAACUCUGUCCUCGUUUCUGUAUGAACGUUCCAAGCUUAUUUCAUUUUACAUUCUUACUGAGAGAAGUACGAACACCGUCAUGGAAACCAUGGAUUUUAAGGAAGCAGCAAUUUUCUCUGCCCAGAGUGCCCUUACUUCAGGCAGCAGGAAAAAAGAACUCUUUCAAUCUCCUUGGACUAACUGAGACAGAAUUAAAAGAACAGUUUGUAAGAGGCGACGGCCCAGGAGGUCAAGCCACAAAUAAGACAAACAACUGUGUUGUCUUGAAGCAUAUUCCAUCUGGGAUUGUAGUAAAGUGUCACCAAACAAGAUCAGCGGAGCAGAACCGAAAGCUAGCCAGAGAAAUCCUGCAGGAAAAAGUUGACCUUUUCUACAAAGGUGAAGAUAGUGAUGUUUUUAAAGAGAAGAAAGCAUCAGAGAAGAAGAAGCAAGAGAAAAAAAGAAGAGCAAAGGAAAACCUAGAAAGGAAAAAGCAUUUUAAAGAGAUGCAACAGUUGGAUAAGAAAUAAACGUGUGAAAUACUGACUUGCCCUAGCAGGCACCCUCACCAGCUGCCACCAAGUUUUCACCUCCAAGAGCCAAAGCCAUAGUAUGUACUUUGAAAGCAGCAGAGACUACUAGCAACUAUACCACAUUCUUAGGGAGAUCGACUGCAUCUGGACUGUGCCACAGAUGGAAACUCUCCAGGGAUCUGCAGGCCUGUUCCCUUGUCUGUUCCUGAACUUGAGCCUCCUGUAUGAAGGUUAAAACUUUAUCUGUUAAGAGUUCUUGUUCAUGGAGUACGGAUCUGAUUAAAGUGACUGUACAUAGUUUUAAUACAAACUGUUAAUGAAAAUAAGCUUUAUUACAUCAAGUAAUAAAUACAUACAAA